AACACCCAUUCCUCCAAAAUUCUCAAUUCUCACUAGAGAAACUGACUCGAGAAAGCAAAGUGACAAACUCUCCACGCCGUUUCGAAAAUCAAGAAAUCAGAAACAAGAUUGUCCACUUAGUUGGCAAGUCGAGAGAACAAAUUAAACUAAAGAAGAAAUCGUUUUCCCACCUUCUCUAUCUCUUUUCUUUCCGUCUAUAAAUAUUUUACAUCACUUUCAAAGCCCAACACCUCAACGUCUAAACUUAAGAAAAUUGAUUGGCACAAGCAGAAUGACGCUGCAUAGAUUGUCAAAUUUAGGCUUUUUGGGCUUUGUGACAUUAAUAAUCUUAGUGUUUGAGUCUCAUCCAACAUUUGGGUCGAGCAUGAGAGGUUUUCUUGGCGUUGUUACUAAUGAAAAUGGCCUGAAUGCUGCAACGCAAAGUGCAAUGUGCGCUACAUCUGUGACUAUUCAUGGUUAUAAGUGCCAGGAAUAUGAGGUGACUACUGAUGAUGGAUAUAUACUAAGUGUGCAAAGAAUUCCGGAAGGCCGUGUUGGUGGUGGUGGGCAGAAUAGGCAGCCAGUUUUAUUGCAGCAUGGAGUAUUGGUGGACGGAGUAACGUGGCUAAUGAAUUCACCAGAACAAUCACUAGCAAUGAUUUUAGCAGACAGCGGCUUUGAUGUUUGGAUUGCCAACACCAGAGGAACACGAUACAGCCAGCGCCAUGUCAAUCUUGAUCCUAAUAAUCCGGACUACUGGAAUUGGUCAUGGGAUGAUCUUGUAGUCCAUGACUUACCCACUGUCAUCAACCUUGUCUACAAACAAACUGGACAGAAAACUCACUACGUGGGCCAUUCAUUGGGAACUUUGGUAGCUUUGGCAUCAUUCUCAGAAGGAAUACAAACAGACAAGAUAAAAUCAGCAGCUUUGCUCAGCCCAAUCGCUUACUUGAGCCAUAUGACCACUGCACUUGGUGUGGUUGCAGCCAAAUCCUUUGUUGGCGAGAUCACUACUAUAUUCGGUCUUGCUGAAUUUAAUCCAUUAAGUCCGCCUGUGUCUAAUUUUGUCAAGGCCUUGUGUCUUCAGCCUGGGGUUGAUUGUUAUGACUUCCUGACUGCAAUUACCGGGAAAAAUUGUUGUCUAAAUGCCUCCACGGUCGAUUUAUUCUUGAAGAACGCGCCUCAACCCACAUCAACCAAGAACUUUGUGCAUUUAGCUCAAACUGCUAGAGAUGGAAUCCUAAGGAAAUACGACUAUGGGAGAACCAGUUACAAUUUGGCACAUUAUGGUGAGGCUAAACCUCCACAAUAUAAUUUGGCAAAUAUCCCUCGAGACCUUCCCCUAUUUCUCAGCUAUGGAGGCCAAGAUGCUCUAUCUGAUUCUAAAGAUGUGGAGACGUUACUCGAUUACCUCAAAUUCCACGACGUGGACAAAUUACAUGUUCAAUAUGUCAAGGAAUAUGCUCAUGCUGAUUUUAUUAUGGGAAUUACUGCUAAAGAUAUUGUCUUUAACCAGAUUGUCACCUUCUUUAGAAACCAACACUAAGCUA